AUGGUGCGUUGGCUGAGGAUUGUAUUCUCCCUAGUGUUACAGACAUUUGGAUACUUGAUUUUCUUGAAAGGAUUCUUUCCUCCGAAGGUGGUUCUUGAUGGUGUCAAUACACAUCUGAAUGGCUUCUCACUGUUCGAGGUCGAGGGAAGUGCCCUCUUUGAUAAAUUGAUAGUCAUGGUGGUGGAUGCAAUGCGGUCAGACUUCAUGUAUUCAAGUUCAGCGUCGAAUAUGCCGUUUCUUCAUUCAAUUAUAGAAAGUGGUAAUGCAAUUCCAUUCACAGCUUAUUCGAAUCCACCAACUGUCACGUUGCCUCGCUUGAAGGGAAUCACAACUGGUGGCACUCCAAGUUUUAUUGAUGCCAUUUUGAAUGUUGCGGAUGACAAAGAUGAUUCUCAGAGUCUUGCUCACACUGAUUCAUGGAUUCGCCAAUUCAAAAACAUGGAGGGUGGCCGUGUUAUUCAUUUUUAUGGUGACGAUACUUGGCUCAAGUUAUUUCCUCCAGAAGAAUUUUUCGAGAAAUAUGAAGGAACAGGAUCAUUUUUCGUUAGUGACUUCACUGAAGUAGAUAAUAAUGUUACUAGACAUUUGGAUGGUGAACUUAAGGACAAUUCUUGGGAUGCUCUUGUAUUGCAUUAUCUAGGAAUGGACCACAUUGGACACAAAGGAGGACCAAAUUCGCCUUUCAUGAAACCCAAGCAGGGAGAAAUGGAUGAAAUAGUUAAGAGGAUUUAUUCAACCAAUGUAAAUUCCUCCUGUUCCACUUUGAUGGUGCUUAUGGGCGAUCAUGGGAUGAAUGAAGCCGGAAACCAUGGGGGGUCUUCUCGAGGUGAAACAAGCCCUGGCAUGGUUUUGAUAUCCCCGAAAUUCAACCAACUUUCUAAUAACAUAGCAUGUCCUGCUGAUGCAAAGGAAGAAUUCGAUUACUAUUCUCACAUUUCUCAGAUUGAUCUUGUACCAACACUUGCUGCUCUCUUCAAUUUCCCGAUUCCAAAAAACAAUUUGGGAGUUGUAAUCCCUGAAGUACUUGGUCUUUGGGGCUCAUAUGAGUCCAAAAAGAAAGUCUUGCUCGAAAAUUGUGAGCAAUUCAUGGGGUUGCUCAAUGUGUCAUACUCCCCUGAAGACCACGAUUUUGUGCUUAUUAGAGAGGAGUUUCAAAGUAUUAAGCACAAGGUGCAUGAUUUAGACGUGAUCAUCAACUUUCUUAGGAAAGUACAAAGCUUACUUACUGAAUCUGCUACGAACUACUUAUACCCUGAAAUUUGGACUGGUUUCGGCUUGAUCAUCCUUGCAUUCAUUAUGGUUGCAAUCGAAAUCAUUACAUACUUCUUAAAGGAGACCCAAGUCACUCUGAUGGAAUGUUCCUUUUUUGUUUGCAUUUGUGUUUUGUACUCCUUGCAUUUUCAUGGUUCAUCAUUCAUAGAAGAGGAGCAUCAGAUUUGGUGGUUUUUCACUGUUGUUACCCUUGUGAGCACGUUCAUUCAACAAACGUCAAAUGGAAUAGUCUGGGCCCUAGCAUGCAUUUCAUGUCUACGUGUAAUAAAAGGUUGGAAUGACUCGGGACAGAAAUAUACUUCUGCAUUAACAAUUUCAUCUUUUUUAUUGCAUUCCCCUCACUUGCUUUGGAUGAUGGUGAUUUUAACUUAUCUAACUAUUGCAUGGUUGUUAUAUUCUGAGGGAACUUUAAUUGAGCUGUUUUCCCUUCCGGGUAUCCCCAUUCGAAGACUCAAAUCAGAUGAUAUCUCUAGUUUGAUUUCGUUUGUGAUUUCUUUUGUUGUUUCUUCGUUAUCAUUUCUGUUCAAGUUGAGCCAGCAUUAUGUGGAUGGAAAUCUAAUCCCAAAGUGGUUAAAUUUUUUCUUGUCAUUCGUUUUUGAGUCAUUUGGGGAAAACAUGCUCAACGAAAAAUCGGUUCUCAUGAACAUGAACGUUCGAAUCUCAAGACUUUUCACGAACUCGUUUAUUAUACUUUUAUGUUAUAGAAUAUUGGUUGGAAAGUUGAGGAGUUUGAAUAGCUUCAUCAUAACUGACAUGUUGAAUUUGCUCACUCUAUUCUUGUUGCACCAGUCCCGACUCGAAGUUAUCCCUAUUUUUCUUGUUUUUACUGCCUUGAGAUUGGCAUAUAGGAAACUUCUUAAGUCUUCAGAGCACAACAACGCAAACCUGUCCUUGCUUGUCAUCACAUCAUUCAUUCUUUGUGUUCAAAAUUUGUCGUUUUUUUCUGUGGGAAACACCAACCUGUUGGCGACAAUCGACUUAUCAAAUGCUUACAAUGGAGUUGCCACAUACGAAGUGUAUUUGGUCGGUCUUUUAACGUUCAUAUCUAAUUUUGCUGUUCCCUUGUUCUGGUCAUUUGCAGGACUUCAAUUAAUGUUCGAGGACGGAUCUUCGGCUCCGUUCUUCCUCACUCGUCUUUGUCAAUCACUGACCGUUUCCUACCAGAGAGUUAUCUUGAUUAAAGCAAUGUACUUACUGUUCUUUUAUUGUUUGUCAAUGAUUAACUUGGUAGCAUCAAGUAUCAACUUGAGAUAUCAUUUGUUUAUUUGGUCAGUCUUCUGCCCCAAAUUAUUAUACUUCUCGAGUUGGACACUCUUGCUCAAUUUCAUCGUGGAUUUUGUACUCGCGAUCAUGAUAGUGACUUUUAAGUAA